AUGAGUGCACCAACAAAGACAAACGCACCAGUCAUUACCCCAGUUGACCUCACCGAGGUCGACGGGAUCAUGUUUGGUUUCCUGACUAGAUUUGGGAUGAUGGCUGCUCAAUUUAAGGCAUUUAUUUACUUGACCGGAGGCCUAUGGAGGAACCAGGCGCUAGCAGGGAAGCCUGCAGGCAUUUUUUAUAGCACUGGAUCACAAGGAGCUUUAACAGCCAUUAGCCAACUCGUCCAUCACGGUAUGAUUUUUGUGGCCAUUGCUUACACAUUUGGAGAUGGCAUGCUCGAAAUGGAGAAUAUUAAGGGAGGCAGCCCGUACAGUGCUGGAACAUUUGCUGGAGAUGGUUCUAGACAGCCUUCAGAACUUGAAUUGGGGCAAGCUUUUCACCAAGGAAAUCACAUUGCAGCCAUUGCAAAAAGCUCAAAGGAACUGCCUAAUUCCUCUUUCUAUAAGUGA